AUGAGUGAUUCGGAAACAAAGAAAGGUCCCAGGUUUGGCGGUGCCUUUUCUGAUUCGCCUACUGACAAAGUCAAGCAAUGGUUUGACGUGAUUAAUGGCUUCGAGUAUAAUGGCCAUGAUGCCAUCGUUGCCAAGAUACUCAAGCUAGAAUCAGUCACGUAUACGCCGUCUAGUGAGAAUCCGCAUGAUGCGCGCACAGUUUUCAGCUUUGUGGUGCCAGAGGAACUCUGCAACAUUGGAGGCAAUCUUCAUGGAGGCGCGGUAGCAUUGGUCUUUGACAUCGCGACGUCGCUGACUAUUUUGCCGUGUGCGCGCGAGGGGUUCUGGGAUGGUGGUAAUGUUUCACGAAAUCGUAAGUGCUGCGUUGUGUUCAACUGCACGUACGUAAGGCCGGCGCCGGUAGGCUCGACCAUCUUUGUGGAAAGCUGGGUUGUGCAUCUGGGCAAGCGCAUGGGUCUAACCAUGGGGACAAUGAAGCUGGGUUCGAAGGAUGGAAAGGUCUGCUAUACCUGCGAGCAUGGGAAAGCGAGUCUGGGCGGAUCCAAUAUGUGA